ACAUCAUCGAAACUAAAGCUUGGAAGUUGGAACUGAAAUGUAAUCCAUGUGUGGCCCUAUUUUACUCAACUCAACAUAACCACAACAUAAUAUAGCUAAGAUACCUACAAUUUAUUUAUUUUUCUACUAAUUAAAUUUGAUAUUAGUUAUAAUGGGAGCCGAAGUGAGGUGGUUGUGUUUUAGUGCAUUACUACUUUGUUUGUUGAGUGGCAUUUUAAGUAAUGCUCCAUUCUCUAGAUUUGAGUACAAAUUUAGUUUUAAACCUCCUUACUUAGCACAAAAAGAUGGGAAAGUGCCGUUUUGGGAAUAUGGAGGAAAUGCGAUUGCCAGUGCACAAAAUGUGAGAGUUGCGCCAUCACUAAGAAGCCAGAAGGGUGCAAUAUGGUCAAAGCUAAAAACCAACUUUCAAUGGUGGGAAGUUGACAUUCUGUUCCGAAUCACUGGCAGAGGUCGGAUUGGAGCUGAUGGAUUGGCAUUCUGGUUCACUCAGAACAAAGGAGAUUAUGAUGGAGAGGUGUUCGGAAGCUCGGACAAAUGGGUUGGUCUCGGAGUUUUCUUUGACUCUUUUGAUAAUGAUAACAAACACAAUAACCCAUACAUCAUGGCCGUCAUCAACGAUGGAACCCGACAGUUUGACCAUGCUAAUGACGGAGGAAGCCAGAUGAUCGGUGGAUGUUUGCGUGAUUUCCGAAACAAGCCUUUCCCAACAAGAGCUAAAAUUGAAUACUACAUGAACACAUUGACGGUCAUGUUCCACAAUGGAAACACCAACAAUGAGGCUGACAUGGAAGUAUGUUUGAGAGUGGAGGGGGUGACAUUGCCGUCAAGCGGACAUUUUGGUCUCUCUGCAGCCACUGGGGGACUAGCAGAUGACCACGAUGUACUGCAUUUCCUGACCACCAGUCUGUACCCACCCGGAACUUCACCCCAGGGAGCAACCGUUGGUCAAGCAGGAGUCAGUCCUGAGGACCAUGAGAAACUGGCCAAAGAGUACGCUGACUAUCAAAGGAAACUUGAUCAGCAGAAAGAAGACUAUCGUAAAGAACAUCCUGAAGUUGCAAAAGACUCAGAUGCAGAUCUCGAUGAGUGGUACGAGUCAGACAAUCAGCGAGAGCUGCGUCAGAUCUUCUCAGGCCAGAGCCAGGUAAUAGAGCAAGUACGAGUGCUGAGUCAGAAGCUAGAUGAAGUGAUUGGUCGCCAGGAGCGUAGUCUUAGCAUGCUUUCAUCCAUCCAGAGUGCUGGCUUACCUCCGGCCCAGAUUGUUCAAGCUCCAGGAGGCCAACCCCAAUUGAUAGGAGAUACGAUACGACGCCACGAGGUCGACUCUAUAUUGAACAACCAGAACACAUUGCUUAUGCUGGCUCGGGAAAUCAGAGGUUACGUUGUGGACGUCCAAUCCAAGUCAGACAAUAUUAUCUCCAAUCAAGCUCGAGCCCCGACGGCCCAAGUACAGAGUGUGGGUUAUGACAUGGUCUCCCUCGUACAUGAGCUGCGUGAUGGACUCAACACAGUCAAGCGAGAUGCAGCUACCACCGCACAGAAACUCUCGGCUCCUCCUGCUACCAGCUGCCCCUCCGCCAGUUGUGUUUCCCUCCCCAUAUUUCUUUUUGUCACGGUUGCACAACUAUUGUGUUUCAUCGGGUACUCGAUGUACAGGGACAAUAAAGAAGCACAAGCCAAGAAGUUUUACUGAUUUCCAAAUUCCUGAAUGAUUUUAUUUGAUUGGCUACAGACUGAGCAGCCAUUGAAUUCCAAAGUAUAGUCAAUUUGAGCCUUUGUACAAGUGUGGCUCAGAGUAAAUUUUACUUAGGCAAGUUUAAAAUUUGUUUGAAUAUAUAAUGAAUACUUAGGGCUGGGAAAAAUGUUCUUCUACCCAUAAAGGUGUGGGUAAUAAUGAUGAAUUUCCAUUUUGCAGCUGAUGUUUUGUGCAAUAAUAUCAGUAAUUUCUUUUUUGUAUCGAGGAAUUGGAAUUACCAUACACCAGCCAUUGUAGUAUUGUUGUAUUUAAGUUAUUUUAUUGUUAAUUUAGUAUAAUUAGUUUAUUUUCGUUACUUGUUACUUCAGGUCGUAAGGCUGUGGACAUAUGUUAUGUAAUAGCAGUCAUAAUACUUUGGGUGGUGUAUUAAAUAUCUAUUGUGAAAGUUAUUUGUUUUCUGUGUUCUGUUCUCUGUCAUAGUAUUUUAUUUGCAUGUAACUGUUUGAUGCUGUAGUUGUGAUAUAGAAAUUCCUUGAUGGCAUGUAAACCAUAUAAAUUUUGACUUGAAAAAACCUAAUUUUUUAUAUUAAUAAAAACAAACUGGGUGGAUACAAAAAUUGAAAGCAUGAUGAACUAAAAUAAGCUGUAUUUGUGUAAAAUUACACUAGCAUUUUGGUUUUCCACUUAAAUAGUGGUUUUGAACAUAUAAGCUUCACAUUACUUAAUUGCUCUUUCAUAAGUCAUUAAGUAAGUUUUCAAUUCUACCUUUCUAUGAUAGAAUACAAAGUUUGUUCAGUAACAUUUAUUUGGGUUGAUAUGUGUUUUAUUUUUUAACUAUUGAAAUUUCAUUACCAGUUGUGCUCAUUAUUGAGUUAUAAAUUACAUCAAGGAAGAAGGCAUGGAUACACAACUAACUUACAUAAGAAAUUAGUCUCAGAUAGUUGAAAGACACAAUAAGUUCACAACACAGUUAACUUGAUAUUUCACCCCUACAAAGGCUUCUUCAUAAGAAAGAAGUAAAAACUAAAAGAAGCCUCUUGUAGGGGUGAAAUAUCAAGUUAACUGUGUUGUGGACGUAUUAUGUGCUUUCAACUACAUGGAACUAUUUUCUUGGAUAAGUUAUUUGUGUAUCCAUUCCUUCUUCUUUAAUAUAUUCCUAGCCUAGUGUUUAAAAAAAAGAAAAAAACUGAGCUGUUUAUUACAAAUUUAAAAAAUAACUGUUGUUAAUAGCUAUGUAAUAAAUCUCUUAGGGAUACUGUCUAUAUAUAUUUUUUAAAUUUCAUAGGAUUAGUUAAUCAUGGUUGUUCAAGGUGGAAUUAUGGAACUCAAAUUUGUUAGAAGUUAGAAGAUUGUUGACAUAUGGAUUCUUUUGGCCUUGUUUUAUACUAAUAAUUUUAGUGUCCCAGCCCUAAUUUCUAACUUGAAGUGAAACUGUGAAAGAUGUGUUAUUAUUAAAUAAGUAUUGAAGAGGUUAUGAAGGAAACUAAUUGUACAUUCCAUUGUAACGUGACUUUAAGAAGUGAGAAUAAGGGGAAUGGAUUUUGUGUGUGAAUCUCCGAGACUGUUAGUUAAUUUAAAAUAGUUUUCCUGUUCCAAAUGUUUCCUAUAGUUUCUGCAUUUUAAAAUAAAUUUGUAGUAUUUAUUGGACUUGGUGUCUUGUAUUAUUCAGAUGUUAAGACUGUUUUAAAAGUAAUUCAACUGGUGAUUUGAUGUUGAAUACCUCUAAUUCUAGUUUUUCAGGUUUUAAAAGAUAUUUCCAUUGUAAUAAAAAUAACUUCUCCUAAAAGAACAAGAUGCCGUAAUUUAAAUUUCUGUUUGUUUUUAAGUUUUAUAAAACAUUUUUCAAUAA